UGUAAGAAUAGUUUGUGGCUUUCUGGCCCUUCCUGUUUCCAAAGUGUUUCUCCUGUGAAACCACACCCUCACCUGUGGCUGCACCUACUCUUUUGUGCACGCCUUGAAACGGCAGUAGCAAGGAGUGGGAUUUCAACAGUAGGGUAUUCGGUGAAAAAUGGUCAGAAAUAAGCCGUUUUAGUCCUUUCACACAAAUUUCUCACUGAGAACGACGGAAAAGGAAACAUGGAAAACUCAGGACCUGAAGAAGAUGGAAGACUAGGAGAAGGAGGCGGGGGCAGCAGAGACGAUAUCUGCAAAAAUGAGAAGGACCAGAGUUGGAUCCCUAAAAUCAUCAAGAAAAGAGUGUGCAGCACCUUUGUAGAAGAUUCUUCCAGAAACGGUAGUGUGUGUCAAUGUGGGGGUGAGAGAGAUGCUCAUGCCUCUAUGGAUCUUGGUGACUACUUCAGCACUGCCAUUGUGAACCAGUGGGAAAGUGCAAAGCACACCUCUGAACAGCCGACUGAUGCCUUUGGAGAAAUGCAGUUUGUUGGAGCCAGCAAGAGGCAUAGCUAUUUCCUACGUCUGUCAUGGAGCACUGAGCCUUCUAUGGUAUACACCAUAUUGACAGUCCACUGGGGUCUUCCUGCACCCAACCUGGUUGUUUCUGUUGUGGGUGGAGAACACAAGACACAAGUGAAGACCUGGGUACGGGAGGUCCUCAGGCAGGGGCUGGUAAAAGCCUCACAAAGCACAGGUGCAUGGAUCCUCACUACAGGUCUGCGCGAAGGUGUUGGCAGGUGUGUUGGUCAAGCUGUGAGAGAUCAUGCAACUGCAGCGUCUUCGGUAUCUCUCAACAAGGUGGUAGCGUUGGGCAUCGCUCCGUGGGGUUUCGUGUUAAACCGAGAACAGCUGGUCAAGCCUCAGGGGAGCUUUCCUGCAAAGUACUUUGUCUUCAAUUCCUCAAGUCAGGACUCCUCUUGCUCCCUGGACAACAACUACCAGGCCUUCUUGUUGGUGGACGAUGGGAGUGUGGGCCGCAUAGGUGGAGAGACGGAUUUCAGAGCCAGACUGGAGGAAUAUAUCUCCCAGCAGCGCACAGGCAUAUGGGGAAGUGGCAGCAUUGACAUCCCUGUCAUUUGCAUGCUGAUAUCAGGGGAGACAAACAUGCUGAAGAGAAUGGAACUCUCUUUGAAAAAGUCCAUUCCCUGGCUGGUGCUUGCUGGUUCAGGAGGCUUGGCUGAUUUCCUCAGUGAUGUCUUGGAGAACUUGUCUCGACCUCCAGCUGUGCAGUCUUCUGUCGAAGGCAACAGUGAGGCAGCUCCCAGUGUGGAUCUUACAGAGAGAGUGUCAGAACUGUUUAAAAAGUAUUUUCCUUCAGAAGCAAAGACAGACAAAAUAGUUGAACAGACUUUGAGCAUUUACCAGAACAGGGAGUUGAUUACAAUCUACCAUGGAGAGCAGGAGAGUCCAAAUGACUUUGACAUAGUUCUACUUAAAACACUUGUGAAAGCAAGCAAGCAGCGUGCAACAGUUGAGGAAAACCCUUACAUUGAUGAGCUGAAGCUAGCAGUCACAUGGAACAGGGAUGACAUUGCCAAGAGUGAACUAUUCAACGGAUCUAUCCACUGGAGGUAUGAAGAUUUGGAAGACUCAAUGACAGAUGCCCUGAUCAAUGACAAGCCUCAGUUUGUUAGGCUUUUUGCUGAGAAUGGUUUGAACAUUCUGAGCUACCUAACGUAUGGCAGGCUGGAAAGCCUCUAUCGCGCUGUGCCUGGUGGAACGCUGCUCUACCAGCUACUCCAGGGCCGCCUAGCGGAGCGGCUGGGGAGUGCAGCAUCUGUAUCCCCAUCAUCGGACCAACUGGAAUCAGCCACAAAAGCGGCGGCAGAUAACUAUCAGAGAGGAUUAGUGAAAGAGGUCACCCUUUUUGAGGUGUCAGGGGUCCUGAAAAUGUUAUUGGGUGAUAUCUGCCAGCCUUUCUACUACCAAGCUUUGGGUUUACAGUUCGGUUCAUCCAAAAAAAAAACUCUAAGGCGUGCCAGUAAGGUUGUGCGUGGAGAUUCCAUGUAUCGGAAGAUGCGAUGCCGGGAUCCCUGGGCUUCGCUUUUCAUCUGGGCCAUACUGCAGAAUCGCCAUGAAAUGGCCCUUUUCUUCUGGGAGAUGGCAGGUGAGGCAGUACUGAGUGCUCUCAGUGGCUGUAAUAUGCUCAGAGAGCUGUCCAAACUGGAGGAAGAGACUGAUACCAAACACUCCAUGAAAGAGCUGGCUCAGAAAUUUGAGAACCUGGCACAUGAUGUCUUCAACUCUUGCUAUCGGAGUAAUGAAAACCGCUCCUUCACCUUGCUGAUUAGAAAGUCUCCCAUCUGGGGUGGCACCACCUGCCUGCAGAUGGGCAUGAGUGCUGAUGCUCGGCUUUUCUUCAGUAAUGAUGGAGUACAGUCUUUACUGUCCCAGAUCUGGUGGGGUGAUAUGAAGAGGAACACAGAGGUUUGGAAGCUCUUGCUCACUUUCAUCUGCCCCGUCCUCUGCUACACCAACCUCAUCACCUUCAAGAAAAAAGAAAAUCAGCUUGAGGAGGGUGAGGAUGAGCUGGGUCAGGACACAGACAGCCUCUAUGGGACCACUGUCUUGUCUUUCUCUGACAUCAGCGAAAAUGAUGGGGAAUCAGAAGGUCAAAAGUUUAUUGUCAUAAAAGACACUUCUAAGCCAUACAGACCACCAAAGCGUCCAUUCAUAGUGUCACGCUGGCGUCAGUUCUGGUUUGCACCGGUCACCUCAUUUUUGGGCAAUGUCCUGAUGUACUUCCUGUUUCUCAUGCUUUUUGCUUACGUGCUGUUGGUGGAUUUCAAGCCCCCGCCACCCUUAGGCCCAGCCAACAGCGAAUAUGUGCUGUACUUCUGGGUAUUUACCAUUGUUUGUGAGGAGAUUCGACAGACCUAUUUUUUAGGGACGACUUGGUGUCAAAGGUUCAGACUUUACAUUCAGGAUGUGUGGAAUAAAUGUGACAUGACUGCUGUCAGCCUGUUCAUUAUAGGACUAAUCUGCAGGAUGUUCCACUGGUCCCAUGAGUUUGGCCGGGACAUCCUUUGUUUGGACUACAUGGUUUUCACCCUUCGCCUCAUUCACAUUUUUGUCAUUCAUAAGCAGCUUGGGCCAAAAAUCAUAAUUGUGGGAAAGAUGAUGAAGGAUGUGUUCUUCUUCCUCUUCUUCCUGGGUGUGUGGCUCCUGGCAUACGGAGUUGCCCAUCAGGCUCUGAUCUACUCCUACGACCCAAACCCAAAUCGCAUUUUUCGGAGAGUUUUCUACAGGCCAUACUUGCACAUCUAUGGACAGAUCCCCGUGGAAGAGCUGGAUGUGGGCAAGGGGUGGGAUGUAAACUGCACAGACGACAUGACUUUGAUUGACAAAGGUGAAGAGCCGUGCAGAACUGAGGAUAGUAACUGGCUGGUAGUGAUUUUGCUAGUCACAUAUCUCCUGGUCACCAACAUCCUGCUUAUCAACCUGCUCAUUGCCAUGAUUAGCUACACUUUCAGUAAAGUGCAGGAACACAGUGACAUCUACUGGAAGUUCCAGCGUUACAACCUGAUUGUUGAGUACCACUCUCGUCCUUCCUUGGCUCCUCCUUUCAUUAUCCUCUCACACAUCAACCUCUUUAUCAGGAGGAACAUUCGCAAAGUGCCUUCUGUAAAGAUCCAACACUUUGUGUUGGAGUUAGAUGCAAAGACGGCUAACCGAUUAACAACGUGGGAAACGGUUCAGAAGGAAGACUUCCUGGCCACUCGAAACAAGAUGCAGAAAAACAGUGACUCAGAAAGGCUCAAACGAAUGUCUGCAAAGGUAGAUGGUGUGCUUAAACAUGUGAGUGAAAGCAGAGGCUUUGAACACAGGCUACGGGCUCUGGAGAAUCAGAUGGAAUAUUGCUCAAAUGCUCUCAGCUGGGUUGUGGAUACUUUAGCAGAAGGAAGCACAUUCAAACCUCCUCGUCCCCCACCUACAUUACGAGAUGCGGCCCCCUCCUCUUCUAACUCAACUUGAUUUAAUCUUUGCUUCACUCAGGUUCAGGCAAAAACAAAAAUGGAGCACGCUUUUUUGAGAACUUCUAUGCAAUCAACCACCAAGAACCUCAAUUGGCUCAGUUCUAAGCACCAAACUGAAAAAAGAAGUCAAUGCAUUUAUAAUUUACAUUAGUUACUAGCAAAGUACAUGACAUUUUUAUUGCUGUUUUUUUUUUUUUUUUUUUUAAUUUUUAGUCUGAUUUUCUGUAAUGGUGUCUACAAAGUGGUUAUAUUAAGAGCUUGUAUUUACAAUUGUUCAUUUACACCAUAAAUAUAUGCCAUAUUUGUAUAUCUGGGUUAUUGUUCUUUUGAAUAAAGUUUUCAUACAGUA